AUGGGUACAUGCCUUUAUCGUAGCGCCGGGGCCCCAUCAGGUGGUACUAUGUGCCAGGUGAGGUUCCAACAGCGGCAAUACCCAGAAGGCGCUUCCCGGGUAGUCACCGAGGACUUUUGCCCUAUCGUACAGGCUACCGUGUUGCAGAAUCUUCUAGCUCCAGUGGCAAGCAUUGUAUGCGGAGAAUUUGUCAAUCGAGCACCUCGCUCCGGUGUUGCGGAUAUUCGCACGGUCCGCACUGGCCAAGUACCGGGCUUUGAUGGAUGCAAAGGAGAAAAGUACCAGCUGCAGAAGUCCGGUGCACGGGCCAGUUCGUCGACUCGAAGGGCGGCGAUUAUGGCUGAGCGUGAGACGAGUUCGCUGUCCGCCGUACUUCCUGACUGUGUAAGGGCCAUAUUUUCAAGGCCCCACCUCAGUAGACAGGUCAGAAACAGGCCAUCGAGGAAGGUUGAACACGAGUACUCGGACAUGGCUUUCUGCACGGAAAAGCUGAUCAGCGAUCGAUCUUCCACUCCCGAGGGCGCGAUCCAGGUUCCUGGGCCGGGAACCCGGUUACUGGGGCGGGACUUCAUCCUAGCCUGCCCUAGUCCCUCGGCUGGAUGGACGCUGAUUGUUGACAAUCCCUGCACUAUUGGGGCCGUCCUUAUGUCGCAGGAUGCAACAUUAUGCAACCAGCCCAUCAUGCUGCGAACUCUGCUUCCGCUCGUGCAUCAUCUGCUGCAGUGCAGGAGCUCUGGUGUCAUCCGAGACCAAAUCAAGCCUGUUCUGUUCCUUGAUUUGACAGCACCUGAUCGCGAUCGUGCAUCCAUGGAAUUGCCACAGUUCGCAUACGUAGUGGCCCCUGUAAUUAACUCUCCUGAUGGUCCUAGGAUCGGAAACCCAAACUGUGGGAACCAACAGGCCGCGACUGUUCCUAGUAGGUCCGGACUCCGUGCAUCUCCACCGACCUCCAGGCGAAAUAGCAAACAUGAUCGAUGUAUGUACCCACCUCAUCCUGGCUCCUGGACUUAA